AUUAAUUCAUUAUACAAUUGACCUGCAAAAGCGUAAUAUACCACAGAUUGUCUCAAUCCCUAGGGAUCAUUCGUGAAAUUUUCAUCUUUAUGCAUUUACAACUUAUCAAUUGGCAAAUUAUGGGAUUAUGUAGACGUUGUUGGCUAUGAGCCACGUAUCAAAGGAGAUAUUGAAGCAGCAGAACUCCGAGGUUGUGACAGUAGGACCGCAGCCGAUGGAUAGCAGAAAAAUGCUGGUGCUGUCGCUGGGCACUGGCACGGCCAAGCAAGAAGAGAAGCAUAAGGCAACUACAACCUCCAAAUGGGACACACUGAGGUGGCUCUAUAAUGCUGGAAAGACACCGCUGCUCGACGUUUUUGCUGAAGGAAGUUCUGAUAUGGUUGACUUUCAUGUCUCCACCAUGUUUCAGUCCCUUGAUUGCGAGGAAAAUUAUCUCCGAAUUCAGGACGAUACAUUGAUUGCUGAUGCCUCAACUGUUGACCUUGCAACGAAGGAGAAUUUGCAAAAGCUAGUGGAGAUUGGAAAAGUGUUGUUGAAGAAGCCAGUGUCGAGAGUGAAUCUUGAGGAUAGCAGGUUUGUGCAAGUUGAGGGAGGGUGUAGCAAUGAAGAAGCUCUUGCCAAGUUUGCUAAGCAGCUUUCAAGACACAGAGCACUCAAGCUUAGUGGUGAAACAUUUUAACCUUGGCGCUAGGGUUUAUGUUCUGUUCUGUAAUUUGGAUUCUUGACAUGAAUUUAUGUUUGUGUCUGUGGAGACUCGAAUGUAAUGCUGCAAUACAAAUAAAAGUAUGCUAUUUAU